GGGUUUUAGGCCGCGGCGGGGAACAGUAAAGAAGUAGGAGGGCCAGCAACGGACUUUAUUUUCAGGCGGGAAGGGACGGCCGCUGGAGGAAGCUGCAACUAGUUUGGGACAAAUAGAAGCCUGAUUCGUUAUGCCACGAGAGAUCAUCACGCUGCAGCUGGGGCAAUGCGGCAACCAAAUUGGGUUCGAGUUCUGGAAACAGCUUUGUGCAGAACAUGGCAUUAGCCCUGAAGGUAUCGUGGAGGACUUUGCCACUGAGGGCACUGACCGCAAAGAUGUUUUUUUUUAUCAGGCAGAUGAUGAGCACUAUAUCCCACGUGCUGUCCUCCUGGAUCUGGAGCCACGAGUGAUUCAUUCCAUUCUGAACUCUCCCUAUGCUAACCUUUACAACCCAGAAAACAUAUACCUGUCUGAGCAUGGUGGUGGGGCUGGGAACAACUGGGCCAGCGGCUUUUCACAAGGAGAAAAGAUCCAUGAAGAUAUUUUUGACAUUAUAGACAGAGAAGCUGAUGGCAGUGACAGUUUGGAGGGUUUUGUGCUGUGCCAUUCCAUUGCAGGUGGGACUGGCUCUGGUUUGGGCUCUUACCUCCUGGAGAGAUUAAAUGAUAGAUACCCCAAGAAGCUAGUACAGACAUACUCAGUCUUUCCCAACCAGGAUGAGAUGAGCGAUGUGGUGGUGCAACCAUACAACUCUCUCUUGACGCUCAAGCGGCUGACACAAAAUGCUGACUGUGUGGUGGUUUUAGACAACACAGCUCUGAAUCGUAUUGCCACUGACAGACUGCACAUUCAGAACCCCACCUUUUCUCAAAUCAACCAGCUGGUCUCUACUAUCAUGUCUGCUAGCACCACCACGUUGCGUUAUCCAGGCUAUAUGAAUAAUGACUUGAUUGGACUGAUCGCCUCCCUUAUUCCUACUCCCAGGCUGCACUUUCUUAUCACAGGCUACACACCUCUUACCACAGACCAAGCUGUGGCCAGUGUGCGCAAAACCACUGUCCUUGAUGUGAUGCGGCGGCUUCUACAACCAAAAAAUGUCAUGGUAUCUAUGGGACGUGAUCGUCAGACAAAUCAUUGCUACAUUGCCAUCCUUAAUAUCAUCCAGGGGGAGGUAGACCCCACCCAGGUCCAUAAGAGUUUACAGCGGAUCAGGGAGAGAAAACUUGCUAACUUCAUUCCUUGGGGCCCAGCCAGCAUCCAAGUGGCACUCUCCAGGAAGUCUCCAUACUUGCCAUCAGCACAUAGAGUCAGCGGACUGAUGAUGGCUAAUCACACCAACAUCUCUUCGCUCUUCGAACGUACUUGCCAUCAGUAUGACAAACUCCGCAAACGUGAAGCCUUCCUGGAGCAGUUUCGAAAAGAAGACAUCUUCAAAGAGAACUUUGAUGAACUUGAUGACUCCCGCAAGAUUGUCCAGGAGCUGAUAGAUGAAUAUCAUGCUGCCACUCGGCCUGACUACAUCUCCUGGGGCACGCAAGAGCAAUAAAUUGGCUUGCAUGAUAUUUAUCUGCAGUUAAGCCCCUAUUCUUCAUGAAGCAUCUUCCUUCCACCUAUAUCUGAGCACAGAGUGUGGCACUGGAAGGCCCCUAACUAGGAAAAUGGACUCUGGCUGCUGUUUUGGGCCCGAUAAUUUGCUGAACUGCAGCUCCCCUUAUUGUGCCCAACCACUUUCUGUCUCUCUGAGCAACCUGGCUAUUUAUGGAAUCAUCCCUUCAAUGAAAAAUCAGGUGCAGUUAGUAGCAAGCGGUACUAGGAUAACGUACUUUCCUGCUUGUUUCCUUUUGUUAUUUGUGAGAAUGUUUUUGCUCUAUUGUCUGUUGCACUUGUAUUUAUUUGAACACAUUCCUGAUGGAAUGACUACUAAAGUGGAUAAUGAAAAGGGAUGCCUGUAGCAAUUUUAAAAUUACCCAAACCUGCAUUUCUGCAUGAUAUACUAGCCAGCAUUUUGUAUUCUGUUUCUGUGGGACACUUAACUGCUGCUGUGACUACUGUCAGGUAAUGUAUAAGGAGAUAAUAGAACUGCAAGGAGGAAUGAGGAAAGCAGGCAAGUCAGAAGUGGCUGUGGAAGCCUGAACUAAUAUAUGGCACUCUUAAUACCAUUUUUUUUAGCAAGAAGGUUCUUGCCAAUAAAGGGGUGGAUGGCCUGUGAUGGGUAGAAGCUGGUUGAGAAUAAAACAAAGAAGCUCUGUUUUUAAAGCUGCUGGGCCAAAUAUUUCUUUUCCAUCAGUCAUGGAAUUACCUUUCUACUUUUUCAGUGGUCAUUUCAAGCAUUCUUCAAACAGUUCUUUGAAGCAACCUCCGAACAAUUUCCUACCAGGUAUCUUCCUUUUAAGUUUGUACUCCCAGGGGAAGCUCCACACUUUUACUGCAGGAAAUACAGGAAUCUACAAAAGUGAUUGUUCUGAAAACCAAGAAUUCUUAUCAGGUGAUCAUAAUUGAAAUGCAGUAUUGAGCCAGGAUAGGCUUAACUUUUAUCCUUCUGUUUAAGUGCCAUAAUUAUCCCAACUAGCAGCCAGAUCUGUGUCUGCUGCUAUAUUGCUAAUCCAGCUUGCCCCUGCACUCUCCCAGCAAGCUUAAGCGUGGCACUUUAAAACUCUUCCUUCUGUUCUCCUGUUGUGUAUUACUCUCUACUUUCUUCUUGCAGAGUGUGGGUCCAGUUUCUUCCCUGCCUUCUGUUCUUCCUCAGCAAUAAGUUUGUAGAUGUGCUCUCUUUCCCUGCUAGACACUUCCCACUCUGGAAAGAAAAAGUUUUGCAUCUAUUUUCUUGUCCACCCAAAGCUGAUUAAAGAACAAGGUCUCAUUUUGCUUAUGUAGAGACAGCUGUAGCAAAGGAAAGUUGACUGAAAAAUCUCCUGGGGACUGAUUAGUGGAGAGAAAGGUCGUGUUCACUAGCCUCUUUAAGCCUGGUGUUGAAUAGAGAUUGCUGCUGGACUACUCAGGUACAAAUGAAGUCCUAUUUUGGGAUAUGUGCACAGAGUUAAGAACAUGCUGUGGCAAGGUUUGGGUGGGUACUUCUGAAAAGUUGCAGGAUGGAAGCUGAGAAAACCAAGAUUUGGGGGAAAGAAAUUUAUUUUCUAGAAAUGCACGAUGCACUGAGUAGAGAGCCAGGGUUUGUAUUUAAAAAGAGAUUAGGACGUGUGGGUGGGAAUAAUAUAUCUAUACCUCGUAAAAGCCCUUAUGUCUUUGUGGGAAAGUCUCUGGGUAUACUUGCUCUGAUAAGGAGAAACACACUCUGCCUGUGUUUAGAAGCAUCUCUAAUAUGUUUCAGUUAUGAAACUUAAUCCAAGUGUAUAGAUCCCUGUGGAAAACUUUCGUCUUCCCCCUCUGUAUUUGUCCAGAAUUGAAAGCUGCAGGCUUUAAGGAAAAUAUUUCCCUGUUAAGCAUUUGCAUCUGGUUUCUGUGGAAGAGGAGUUUAAAACCAUAUAUUCAAAGAUCCAAAAAAUAUAAUCCCGUAUUUUAAAUAAAUGUGAAUCUUCCAGUUCG